CUCACAGAGUUAUUUCCCCUGGUGCAUUGAGUCUGCGCACGAUACACAUCCGGUAAAGAUGGGACAGAAACAAUCUGGUGGAUCAGGUGGUGGAGGUGAAAAGUCAGAUGAUAAGGAUAAGAAGAAGAAAUAUGAACCUCCAGUACCCACAAGAGUUGGCAAGAAGAAGAAGAAGUUGAAGGGACCUGAUGCUGCUACAAAAUUGCCAUUAGUUACACCUUACGCAAGAUGUCGAUUAAAACUUCUCAAGUUAGAAAGAAUCAAAGAUUAUUUAUUAAUGGAGGAGGAGUUCAUCAAGAAUCAGGAGAGAUUAAAACCUCAAGAAGAGAAACAUGAGGAAGAAAGAACUAAAGUGGAUGAGUUAAGAGGGUCACCUAUGUCUGUUGGUAAUAUGGAGGAGAUUAUAGAUGAUAAUCAUGCUAUUGUAUCAACAUCUGUCGGUAGUGAACAUUAUGUCAGUAUAUUAUCGUUUGUUGAUAAAGAUCAACUCGAACCUGGCUGUUCUGUUUUAUUAAAUCACAAGGUACAUGCAGUAGUAGGAGUAUUAUCUGAUGAUACCGAUCCUAUGGUAACUGUGAUGAAACUAGAAAAGGCUCCACAAGAAACAUAUGCUGAUAUAGGUGGUUUAGAUACACAGAUUCAAGAAAUAAAGGAAUCUGUUGAGUUACCAUUAACCCAUCCUGAAUAUUAUGAAGAAAUGGGAAUUAAACCACCAAAAGGUGUUAUAUUAUAUGGUCCCCCUGGUACAGGUAAAACAUUAUUAGCUAAAGCUGUAGCCAAUCAAACGUCGGCAACUUUCCUUCGAGUUGUGGGUUCUGAACUUAUUCAAAAAUAUUUGGGAGAUGGUCCGAAAUUAGUUAGAGAAUUAUUCCGUGUGGCCGAAGAACAUGCUCCAUCUAUUGUGUUUAUUGAUGAAAUCGAUGCUAUAGGUACAAAAAGAUAUGAUUCUAAUUCUGGUGGUGAGAGAGAAAUACAGAGAACAAUGUUAGAGUUAUUAAAUCAGCUAGAUGGUUUUGAUUCUCACGGUGAUGUUAAAGUGAUCAUGGCAACUAAUCGUAUAGAAACAUUAGAUCCAGCUUUAAUUCGACCAGGUAGAAUUGAUCGUAAAAUAGAAUUUCCAUUACCUGAUGAAAAGACAAAACGUAGAAUUUUAACUAUACAUACUAGUAGAAUGACUUUAGCUGAUGAUGUAAACAUAGAUGAUUAUGUCAUGUCUAAAGAUGAUUUAUCCGGUGCUGAUAUCAAGGCUAUAUGUACGGAAGGUGGUUUGUUAGCUUUAAGAGAAAGAAGAAUGAAGAUAACAAAUGAAGAUUUUAAGAAAGCUAAAGAGAAUGUAUUAUAUAGAAAGAAUGAAGGAACACCAGAAGGGCUAUAUCUCUAGUUUAAUAUCAUAUUGUGUCAUGUUUUCUCAUCAUUAAAAUAUAAUUAUUUA